AUGACCCUCAACCACGCCGCCGAACCUGGCACUCGAGACGACACCUCGCAGCCCUUGCAGACGCUGCCGCCCUCGUCGCGCGAGCUUGGCGAGAUUCUCCCACCUAAACUCCCAGACGGUGCCCCGGUGACAGCACAGGGACCGGCCUUUGCGAAGUCAUGGGCGCAUUUUGUCGCUGGAGGCCUCGGUGGCAUGGCAUCCGCAACGUUGACAGCCCCCCUCGACGUACUUAAGACUCGUUUGCAGUCCACAUACUACCAACAACAUCUUGCUGCUAUGCGUGCUGCUCGAGGUUUGCCUCCCAUUGAAAGCAUGUCUUUCGGACGCAGCUCGUUACUACACAUCCGCGAAACAGGCGAAAUAUUGUGGCAGGUUCCAAAGGCCGAGGGAUGGCGAGCGCUGUUUAAAGGCCUUGGGCCAAACCUCAUUGGUGUAGUGCCAGCUCGCGCCAUCAACUUCUACGCAUAUGGAAACGGCAAGCGGAUCAUCAGCAACCAGUUCAACAACGGACAAGAGGCGGCAUGGGUGCACUUGUGCUCUGCAGCCUCUGCCGGGAUAAUGACUGGAACAGCAACGAACCCCAUCUGGCUCGUCAAAACUCGUCUACAACUGGAUAAGCACACACAUGCGGAUGGGCGAGGUCGCCAGUACAGAAAUGCUCUCGACUGCACCAUGCAGACGAUACGCAAAGAAGGCAUCUCUGGUCUCUACCGAGGAUUGACGGCGAGCUACCUUGGGGUGACUGAGAGCACGUUACAGUGGAUGCUGUACGAGCAGAUGAAGCUGGCUCUGGCACGGCGAGAAGAUCGGAUUGUGGCCAGUGGACGUCCGCCGACCGUCUGGGACCAAACCGUUGCGUGGUCCGGCAAGGUCUCCGCGGCUGGAGCUGCCAAAUUCAUUGCCGCUAUAAUCACAUAUCCUCAUGAGAAGUACACUGGUCUAGCACAAUGUUUCCGCCUCAUCUGGAAGGAGGAAGGCAUGGCAGCGCUUUAUGGUGGCCUCGUACCCCACAUGUUCCGCGUGGUCCCUAGUGCUGCUAUCAUGUUUGGGACAUACGAGGGUGUGCUGAAGCUACUCGGCGAGAGCAGUAAUAUGUGA